UAGUCAGAAGAACUUCAAUGGACACCCGAGCUAUCGUCAAGGCUACUGGUUUCCUUGUGUUGACAGUCAUCAGCAUCCCAUCCAACCUUCUCAUCUUCUUCACCUUUCUGCACAUUAGGCUGACUGAAGGCAAGCUCAUGCCAGCCGAUAUCAUCUUGUGCCAGCUGAGCCUGGCUAAUCUGAUGCUAGCCUUUUCUCGUAGCUUCCCACAGAUGCUGACUGCAUUUGGCUGCAAAAAUCUUUUUGAUGAUAUUGGCUGCAAGCUGGUCAUCUUCUUCUUUCGUGUUUCCAGAAGUCUCUCCAUAAAUCUUACCUGCCUGCUGAGCACCUACCAAGCCGUCCUGCUGUCUCCUGCCACCUCCAGGCUUGACUCACUCAAGAUGAGAAUUCCAAAGUAUCUGCAGCUCAUUUUUGUGUGUCUUUGUGUCUUCUCCAUGCUAACUAGUGUUCAUCCCAUUAUCUUCUGCUCAUCCAGACUUAUUAAUAACACUGUUCCCCCAUACACAUUUAAUUAUGAGUAUUGCUUUGUCACAUACCCCGAUUCAAUGACUUUUAUCUCAAUAGGUUUAUCUCUUUUCUUUAAAGAUUUUGCCUUCAUUGUCAUGAUGGUAAUCAUGAGCUGCUAUAUCCUUCUGCUACUCUACCAACACAGCAAAAAAGUGAAAAUCCUGCGGUGUUCAGACCAGAGGCACUCAGGAAAUCGAGCAGAAACUAAAGCCUCACGAGCAGUGGUUACUUUAGUCAUUCUCUAUUUUCUUAUAUUUGGGGUCGACAAUGCCAUCUGGCUUUAUUCACUGUCCACUGUCAGAGUGUUGCCCAUCAUUUCAGACAUACGAGUCUUCUUCUCUGUCCUUUACACAUCGGUGUGUCCUGUUGUCGUCAUCAUAACUAAUCCAAGAGUAAAAGUUAAGUUGAAAGAAGGCCAACCCAAGAGAUCAUCAUCAUCAUCCUCCUUGGCAGACACAAUCUCUUCGGGAGUAUAGCCAAGAAGUACUGCCAGUCUAUUUUUACUGGACGAAAUCAUUAAAAUGAGAAACAGAGAAACGUGUCCAAUGCCUCCACUCAGAAGGACUGUGUUAAGAACAGCAUGAUUAAGAUAAUGUUCCAUUGGCCGGUAGGUCUUUUAGCUGAACAAUCCUCUCACACGUCUUCCAUGUGUCACACCUCAUGGUAGCAAAGUGAGCAGCUCACUCCUCAAAGUUAUCUGGGCCACUGAAUGGAUGGAUAGACAGAAGAGAGGCUGCCUAUUUGACUUAAA